CCCCAAAUCCACCCCCCUGGCCAUCGAUCCUAGAAACCUCAUGGCGCGCACGAUGCGGCCGUUCUAAAGAGUAAACCCAAUCUGACAAGUGAGCCUCGAUCGUCUCGCUUAUUUGGGUUACCUCAGCUAUUUCGGAUUAAAGUUCUUUUAUCUUGUCUACCCCGAUUGAGGCUUGAGAGAGCGGCAGCCUUACGGGGCAAUCCAGGCCCCACUCAGAAAGCAUGGUUGGAGUCGCCGGAAAGUCCAAAGGUUGCAAUACCUGUCGAGCACGGAAAAUCGCGGUACAUGCCUAUUUUUCCUCCUCCAUCGCUUGUCCGGACACUGAAUGCUUCGAGUUAGUGCGACCAACAAAGACCGGCAUGUGCUCGAUGCACUCGAUCUAACCGAGUGUGUGGUGGGUAUGAGCGGGACAGGGUUUUUGUCGUGAUGCAGCCAGGAGCGAAGAAGAAAUACGUGUAUCUCAAGUCUUCUCCCUCGCCGUCAGGAUCGCCGGCUGAGAGUUUCCCGUGCUCCGUUGAGCUAUCGACACUCCCGCCCCCUGGGGACGGUCAGCCAAUCUACUCAUUCACGGAGAGAUCCCCAGCUUACGCGCUGAUCCAGAGGCAGAACGAGAGCCAUAACCUGGUGUUGUCUUUUCUCGCUAAUUGUCUCCCAGCGCAAUGGUCCGCAUCCCCUACCAGAUCAUGGAUCCCACUUCUGGCUGGCCUGUCCGCAGAAACUAAAGCCCUGGAAGUAAGCAGUGCCGCCCUCGCAGCCGCAGCAGUCGGCCACAAAUUCAACGAUUCGGCAUUGAUCCAAUACAGCCACAGCCUCUACACCGACGGACUUCAGCAACUGCAGCGUGCGCUGUGGAAUCGCAGGCGUGCCCAGGAUGAUGCCACGCUGGCUGCUUGCAUGGCUCUAAGUCUGUACGAGGCUAUGGAAUGCCCAAACGCAGGGUCGGAAGGGUAUUUCGGGCAUUGCCAGGGCCUUCUUGCCUUGGUGGAAGCGCGUGGAAUUGCAGCCCACUGCUCCGGCCCGGGCCACCAGUUGUUCCUUGGGGUCCGAAUUCCAGGGAUAAUAUACACCCUGGAAAACCACUCUUCGAGUUUUCUAUUCGACGCCGCGUGGAUGAAUCAGCCGUGGAGCCAAAUCCCGAAAACCUCCUUCACGCAGGUGGUCGAUUGUCUCGCGCAGGCGCCCGGGAUUCUCCAGCGAGUGUUCCUCUUACCCAGUCUCAGCUCCGAGCAACAAGUAGAGGCCUGUUUCCAGCUGAUCGCGGAAUGCUGGCAAAUCGACGAGAAGCUGGACACGAUCUACGCGGCGAUGCAGGGUGGCAGGUCGGACCCGCUCUACUGGCUAAUUCCCUCGACAAGCCCCCCUUGGGCAACAACUGAGCAUACAGAUAACCUCUUCCCGUUCGUCUUCCACUUUGCAGACAUGGAAACUGCAGCGACGCUCAUCCUGCUGUGGGCGGUGCGGGUCCUGCUGUGGUCGGGUCUGUGCAACUUGUACAAUGGCAUGUUUCCGAACAGCUGCAUGCUACCAGCUGGUGAGCCAGUGGGGCCGCUUCGAGCCCUCGGUCAUCGGAGGGAGUAUAUCUCUAUGGUCCAUCAUGUCUGUCAAUCGGUUGAGUACCUGAUGCAGGAUGACUUUCUGCUCGCGGGACCGCUGUCGGUCACCCCAGCGCUGGGGAUCGUGAUCGACAGUCUUCGAUAUCAGCCUAGGCAUGCCGCGGUGGAGGCAUGGCUGCGGGCGGCUUUGGACCUCGUUCGGCAGAAGGGGAUAGGAGUGUUGGAACAUAGCCGUUAAUUUGUCGAGUUCGUUUGUAAUCACGGAAUGUAUGUACUAUACUAUGUAGCACGGGCGCAUAGAACAUAUAGGAUACCCAGUUUUGUGACAGGCGCGGUGUGGAAUGUUGAUGGGGGCGCAAUGCUUGAGUGCGAGUUGUGUGUAGCGACAUCAAAGGAAUCUUUCGUCGGAG